CCAACGAAGAGUUAACAAUGGGAAGGCAUUCGGAUGACUGUGCCUUUUAUCAUCACUGUGGGGAAACUGGAAAGGUAAGGCAGGAAGGGAACGCCUUAGCCUCCCAGCAGUUUCAAGAGCUCUGUGAAAAUAAGUGGUGGAAGAGAAGUCUGCAAACACCUCACGCUGCUGGAGUGUUUUACUCUAAUGACAUGGUAUCAGGUAAGUGGGGAGGCGCGGGUUUCCUAGCAGCAUAGUGCUGUUUUGGGGCAAGAGACUUACUUUUGCAGUCACUACUGGUUCUGAUCCACUUUACAAGCCAUCUCUGCUCACCUGGGGUGUCAAUCAACUCCCAAUCCAGCCCUACAGCUGAAUACAGUCUGUGGCAUAAGGGAGAAACAAACCAGAGAGACCCUGGUGAAGGCUCAGUUGGAGUGGAUUAACUGCAAACACCAAAGUUUUUCAAAAGAGCUUCGCUUCCAUAUAGGCCCCUCAGUGAGAGUUGCUGGAUGCUUAACACUUCUGAGAAUCUGGUCCAGUGGGUCAAAUCCUGAGGGUACUGCCCUUGGUGGUGCUUGCAGGAGUUCAGCACAGGCUCAGAGGGAGGAUUUUCAACUUCUGGACCAUUGGCAGCAGAGGCAGGAUGCAAAAGCCAAAAUGUUGCUCCCCUUUCAUCUCUAUUCCUCUUUCAGAAUUUCCCUCUAGAUUGCUACUGCGGCAUCAAGGCGCUGUGUUUGCACUGGAGUGUAAAUUCAGCAGACUCUUCUAAAGCCUCUCACAAGUGCGGUUGAAUUGUCAACCAGGCUUCCAUUGGAAUGUGCAGGAAGUGAAAAAUCCUCCCCAAAUAAACAGACGAAACGAAGCAUGUGGAACACAAAGAGCAGAAACUAGAACCAUGCCAGAAUAUGGUGGGCUGCUUAGAGACAUGAGAACGGCCAUACUGGGUCACAUCAAAGGUCCAUCCAGCCCAAUAUCCUGUCUUCUGACAGUGACCAAUGCCAGGUGUCCCAGAGGGAGUGAACCUAACAGCACCUAGCACAAUGCAUCCUGGGUCAAUCAGCUGCUACUGGAAUAGAAAUGGGGCUAGCAAGAGAAAAUGAGACUCUGGGAUGUGGAAGGCCUGGGUUGCAGUCCCUGCUCCAAUGAAAAUGGAUUGAUAUAAAGUGGAACAGCUUCCACAGAAGAGACUGCAACCCCCCACCACAGCAUGCCCUAUACCCAGGUGAUUCAGGCACUCAUGGAAGGCUGGGUUCAAAGACCCUGCUUCAGAACGGAUUCAAACGUGUCUUCUAUGUGCCAGGUCAGAGCAUGCUCUAAGCACGGGCGUAAUGGUUAUGGGGUGUUAGCCCCAUCAGCCUUCCUUUGUGACUGAUUGUCUUUGCUUUGAUUUUAAAAAUGCCUGGGAACUACAUGUUUUGGGUCAAAUGAAGCAUUUCAUUCAAACCCAAGAUGACGUUUUUGUUUUGUGUUUUAACUUUUUGGUGGCAAAAAAAUGUUGGUUUCGCUUCCCCGUGAACAGUUUCUUUUUCGCAAUGGCCACUGCACCAAAACCUUGGUUCCGUGCACAGCUAUAUGCAACACCAUGUCACUUUAAAACCACUUACAGAUUAGUAAAUAUCCACUGUGUUAGGGAAGUGAGUCACUGGCUGUGGAACUACACCCAAUCAGCAAGGAGUCUGGAGAGGGACGGAGCAUUAAAGACCACAGCCUCUCAAAAUCAGAGCUGGAUUCCCAAAGGAGCUGGUGGUGGUGGUAUGUCCUUUCAGAGACUGGCCCUAAAUCAGGACUCAAGUGACUAGUCCCAUUGACGUCAAGGGUGAAGGUGCUCAGCACCUGGCAGGACUGGAGCUUCGGAGAGGCCUGUCUGAGUCAGCACCUUUGAAGGUAAAGCCCUUGCUGGGGCUCUGCUUUGCAACAUUCGCUCUUCCAUUUCUGCAGCACCUUUCUCUUCCCUCCAGUGCUUGGACUGAGGUUCACUGCACAGCCAGCAAGCUGGGAGCAUGCUCUCCUCAUUGGGGUUCUUCGGCCCUACACCAGGGGUGGGCAAACUACGGCCCACAAGCUCCUGCUGGGGAGUGGGGUCUGGUGCUUGCCCUGGUCUGGUGCUCCAGCUGGGGCGCUAGGUCGAGGGCCACUCCACACAGCUCCUGGUAGCCGCGGCAUGGCCAUGCUCCAACGGCCCCCUCCAGCGCUCCAACGGGAGCUGCAGGGGCGGUGCCUGUGGAUGGGGCAGCGCGCAGAGCCACCCGGACAUGCAUCCACAUAGGAGCUGGAGAAGGGACAUGCCACUGCUUCCAGAAGCCGUUUGAGUUCUAAAAGAUCCCAAAAUUUAAAGUGUAAGGACAAAAACACCUGCAACUCAGCUAGAUCCAUGGCAGCUACUCCAUCACCUCUGCUACCUACAGAAGAGCUGACCACCACUUUUCUGAAGAGGAUAAAUACGCCGUCUCUCCAAGAAGAAGCCAGUGUGGGUGUCAUCACAGGUGUCAUCACAGUGGUUUUCAUCACACUACUGACAGUCCUGGUAGUGAUCAUCAUAUACCUGUACAAGAAUAAAGGUAGCUACCAUACCUAUGAGCAACCUGAAGCAGAUGUGUCAGUACAGAUGGAGAACCUGCCUUCCAAAGGAGAAAAGGAGGAAUAUUUUAUAUAACCCAUAAAGUGGGGCUAACAGCUUCUACGCCGUACUCAGAUUUGAUGCUAAACUGCCCAUGUUUCCUGGACUCUGGGAUCUAGAGCCUUUUUUCCCCUAAUUUAUUAUACUUUUCCUUCUUGGAUUAAUUUAACACGUGCACAAUGCUAACCUCAACCAUUGUUCCACUGCAUAGAAUGAUUAUCAAACCGAAGGAAAGGAUCUCCCACUUAGAAGUGAUUCAGUUGGAAGCACUACAAUGUAAAAGUGCCAGCUGUGAUGAUAGUGCAAUUCCUUGUAUGGUUUGUAACAAGGACUAAUAAACAUCUAAGUCAGGGGUCCGCAACCUUUCAGAA